AUGUUAUCUGCAAUCGUCUUCCUUCUGCUCUCCGCCUACCUUACUCGCGCCCUUUUCAACGAGGCCCGUCGGCGGCGCGCAAUACAGCAUAUCCAAGGCCCACUUCCCAGCUCAUGGCUCCUUGGCAAUCUCGUGGAGCUUCAAAUCCCGCAAAUCUACGGCGACUUUGAAUCCGCUUGUCGCAAGGCAUAUGGGCUUGUCUACCGGUUCAAGGGCGGGUUUGGUCGCGAUAGACUGGCCAUUUCGGACCCCAAAGCACUCCAAUACAUCUAUAACAGCGCCGCAUUCGUGAAUACGCCUGCGUAUGGGACACUUAUCGUCUGGUUGCUCAGCGAGGGCGGCGUCAGCGGCAAAAUGGGACGGGAGCACCGGGAGCUGCGUUCGGCGCUCAACGUCGGCUUUUCCCCAGCAGCUAUCCGGAACUACGGAGUGAUAUUUGAGCGCGUUGCACAGAAGCUUGUGGAUCGUUUGGCCGCAUGUAUGGACGAGAACAAACAUGGAGUCGUUGAUAUCGUCCCUUUGUUGACCAAAGCGGCACUGGCAAGCAUUAGUGAAGCUGCUUUAGGAGUACCACUGGAAGAAGUCCCGCCGGAGGUCGUUGAAACCAAUCGCCAAAUUGUCGAAGAAUCCGCCACGCGCAGGCCCGCGCAGCUCAUCGUGGACGAAAUACUGAACCUCGAGCUUCUGCCCGGCUGGCUGCUGCGCGCCAUGCCCAAGUUGGCCAUCGGGGAGGUCUUUAAGCGCAUCAGGGACCAAGUCCGCUAUACCGAGCGGCUUGGUUGGCAAGCAGUGGAUAGCUAUAUGGAGAGGGGACUCGACGACUCGAACGCGCUAGAAACCCUCUAUGGCGCGCUUCUCUCUGACAACAAGCAAGGACUCGGAAAUCUGACGGUAGAGAAUCUUGUACAGCAAACAUCCACGCUGUUCAUUGCGGGGCAGGAGACGAGCGCGAUCGCGCUGUCGUGGCUAUUCACCGAGCUCGCCCGCAAACCAGCGCUACAGGACGCUCUGCGCACGGAGGCGCUUGAGCUGCGCGCCAAGCAAGUUCCGUUCGAGCAGUACCCGUUGCUCAAUGCGGCUAUCAAGGCCAGUUACAUGGCCCUUACUAAAUACCUGCUUUUCAAGUGA